AUGGCCACGAUCAUCAUCGGCUUGUAUUACCCUCGGCCGCGAAACCACAUACGGCUGCUGAACAUCCUGCCUGACCGCGACGGGACAAUCGAGUGCAUCCUGGAAGCAGUCGAUCUCAAACGCCGACCACUGUACAAUGCACUCUACCACACAUGCGACAAUCCUCCGCCAGACCUCAUCUUCUCAAUCAAAGAAGCAGGCACCUCGUCCUCACUCCUCAGCCGCAUCUUAAGCCUUUUCCGCCGCCAUCCGUCCCACAAGAUCGCACCACCCUCGACGCAAAAACCAUCGAUUUUCAUAAACGGCAUCCGCAGAGCUGUAAGCCCGAGUCUAUACACCCUGCUCCUGCGCCUGAGCGAGCCGGACCUUUUGACGGAUAUCCCCAUCUGGGUGGAUGAGGUGUGUGUUAAUCAAGGUGAUGUGGUGGAGAGGGCUGAGCAGGUUGCUAUGGUGGCCUGGAAUGCGCGCUCUGCGGGUGGUGGGGUGGAUGUGGAUGUUAUGGUGGUGAGGCCUGGGGGGUAG